GCUGCGGAGGAUCGAUGGGGAACGCCCAACCCUCGGCAUCCGAGCGGCAUCUCCUGUGCAACAGCUCUUGAGUCACCCCACUUCCCCGUGCCUCAGUUUCCCUAAUCUGCAGAUGGGGCAAUUGCAUCUCAGGGAUGGUGUGACCGGUCCUACGGGGAACGAUGAAUUUCUCCAACCAUCCCGUCCCACUGGAAAGGCUGGCUCUGCUGUCCUCUCCCCGAGCAUCUUGGGAGCUGCGGUGACGGUCCGCGGCUGUUUUGAGGCUGGGUUGUGAGAUCAGAGCACAAACCAGUUCUUCUUCACCUUUCAUCAUCGGGGCGGGAGCAGGGCCUAGCUCAUACAGUGCUGCUUGGCAUUGAGCUGAGGGCAGAGGAUUCCAUCCCAGGCAGAACUACCCCAGGCAUGGCCAGGAUCCUCACCAGGGCCAGAAGUGGCUGCAGUGAAAAUGGCAAUUGCCCCUAAUUUGUUGUUAAUGAGACUCAGCCUCUCCCCGUGGCCUGGGCCAAGGUGUGCUGAUUGCUGGAGAAGGGUGCCUGAUCCCUGCCCAGGUAAACUUGCCUGCAAAGCUGUGAAGGCAGUGAGAAAACACCCUCAGAAACACUGAGAAACACUCCAUGCCAGAUGAGACAAACAACCCAUGCCCUUUGGCAUGGCCAGCCAGAAAGUACUUUGCUGUGUCCUGGCAGGGCAUACAGGGACCCAAAAUGCUCCAGCAAAGCAGGUGGGACCCCUCCAGACCUCACGGUGCAGACCCACAGAUUUGGAGUGCAGCUGAGGCAGCAGGGAGGGAAGCAGCAAGGCAUGGAACAACAGGUCCCAGCAGUGAGGGGAAUAGUGGAAACCACCUCUGGGCCAAAGGAUGAAGAAGGAUCAUAGAAUUACUGAAGAUGGAAAAGACCACUGAGGUCAUCCAGUCCAAACACCAACCCACUCCCGUUGUGUCUGCUAACCGUGUCCCUCAGAAAUGAGAAAGGACUGUAUGACAACCCAAGACAAACACAGAGGGACACAUUGGCAGCACCACGUGGGACCGGCCCUGGCAGCACGAGCUUGGCAGCACGGCUGGAGGAAAGGUGUGCUCAGGCAAGCCCCGGAGCUGCUAAGACCCCGGGAAGCGAUACUUGGCUUUGAGCACCCGAUCCUGGGUGUUCCACAAGGAAGGAGCUCGCCGAGCGGCCGCCGAGCCGGGCGCACAGCUCGCUGCCCGCAGAUCCGAGCCGGGAACGCCACCUGGCGGGAGCGGGGCUCGAACCCGCGAUCGAAAAACCUCCUCGCACCGCCCUCCUCCUCCCCCUCAACCUCGCGUGGAUGUGCCACCACCAGGAGCUGCACAGUGACUCCAGCUCUUUGCUCUCCCCCUCCCUGGAGCUGGACAGGACGGUGGUGGGCAAAGGCAGCAGGCAGGCAGCGAGAUGGCAACGGGUGCAGAUGUGCGGGACAUCCUGGAGCUGGGGGGUGUGGAGUCUGAGAACACAGGCACCAUCAACAAGAAGGAUAUCAUCAACUCAGAUAAGAAAAAAUCCAAGAAAUCUUCAGAGACGUUGACGUUUAAGAGGCCAGAAGGAAUGCACAGAGAAGUUUAUGCACUCCUCUACUCUGACAAAAAGGAUGCACCUCCACUGCUGCCAAGUGAUACAACUCAGGGUUAUCGAACGGUCAAAGCAAAGCUGGGGUCGAAGAAAGUCCGACCUUGGAAGUGGAUGCCUUUCACCAACCCAGCAAGAAAAGAUGGAGCUAUGUUCUACCACUGGAGGAGAGCAGCAGAGGAGGGAAAGGACUACCCGUUCGCCAGGUUCAAUAAAACAGUGCAGGUACCUGUCUACUCAGAGCAGGAGUACCAGAUGUAUCUCCAUGAUGAUGCGUGGACCAAAGCAGAGACAGACCACCUCUUCGACUUGGCUCGGCGUUUUGACUUGCGCUUCGUGGUGAUUCAUGACCGCUAUGAUCACCAGCAGUUUAAGAAAAGAUCUGUGGAAGACCUGAAGGAACGGUAUUACCACAUUUGUGCCAAGCUGGCUAAUAUUCGUGCAGCUCCAGGCACAGACCUGAAAAUCCCAGUUUUUGAUGCUGGCCAUGAGAGGAGGAGGAAGGAACAACUGGAAAGGCUGUACAAUAGGACACCAGAACAGGUGGCAGAAGAGGAAUAUCUCAUUCAGGAGCUCCGCAAAAUUGAAACCAGAAAGAAGGAGAGAGAGAAGAGAACACAAGAUCUGCAGAAACUCAUCACAGCUGCUGACACCACCACUGAACAGAGACGCGCUGAACGCAAGGCUCCCAAGAAGAAGCUGCCGCAGAAGAAAGAGACAGAGAAGCCUGCCGUUCCUGAGACUGCUGGCAUCAAGUUUCCUGACUUCAAAUCUGCAGGUGUCACGCUGCGAAGCCAGAGGAUGAAACUGCCGAGCUCGGUGGGACAGAAGAAGAUUAAAGCCCUGGAGCAGAUGCUGAUGGAACUCGGAGUAGAUCUCAACCCCAUGCCCACGGAGGAGAUUGUGCAGAUGUUCAACGAGCUGCGGAGCGACCUGGUACUGCUGUAUGAGCUGAAGCAAGCCUUUGCCAACUGUGAAUACGAGCUUCAGAUGUUACGGCAUCGCUAUGAGGCCCUGGCCAAAGCUGGUAGUAUCGGCCCCCUCAGCGUGGAAGGCAGCCAUCCAGAUGGCCAGACAGGGCUCGGCAUCGAGGAGGGCAAGGGAGAUGCCAAGGACCAGAUCAUUGACGUAGUAGGAGCACCACUGACCCCCAACUCGGCAGAUGGCUUGAUGUGGGUGCCAUCGUGGACCAAAGCAGUGAAGCUUUGCCUGACGAGAGCUUGCACCAGGGCAGCGGCAGUGAUGCCAGUACAGCUGCAGGCCUGAGGCAUUUUCCUCCAAGCCACGUAAGGGCUGCUCAGCAGAGGGAAGCAAGCGGGAAAAGCAGUCUUGAUAUGAUGAGCCAUGACCUGCCGAAGUCCCUGGAGUCGAGUGGUAUCCUGCCUGGGGCAGAAGGCUUGGGAAGGAGAGAGGUAUUUGAAGAGCUGAGCAGUGUUUCCAUACUCUGCUUCCAGCGCUGGGGAAGAAAAGCCAGACCUCGGAGUUCUAGAAGCCACUGAAGCUUCGCCACGAGCCCUGCAACAGCACCCUGUGCGUGUCCAUCUGCAGGUUGUACAUCAGCAGCCCUCUCCUCCCUAACUCUACGAGGGCAAGUUGCCCAGCCCCUCACCCUCAGCCCUGAGGCAGUGGUGUGCUUAGAGGUCAGGCAAGGCUGCUUUCCCCUCUGUGCGCUCCCCUGGAACAGCUGAGCUGAACUGUCUGAUAAACAGCUGCCCGUCUCCACGCAGUGGCAUCCCUGACGCCUCAGAUAUACUGCCCCCGGUAGCGUCACAGACCUUUAUUUUCUAAAAUGUAUAAUGUAUUAUUGCAGGAUAUUCAGAACACCUUAUCUGUCAACAGCAGAGGUGACGCAUUAAUCUGGACUUGAGUAAUGUCCUGUUCAGUUGUGACAACAUGGAGUCAUAAGGAAGCGUU